CAAAGUCAAUAAACCCCUCCUCUCGAAUCAUCAUCUCCCUCGGCCAAGUCGGUGGCCAGGCUGUCAUUGUUGCGUGGGAAAAGGCCUAUAAAGGAAUCAAUAGUCAUCAUGUCCACCACUUCGACCCCAAUCUCCAACAAGGAGAACGUCCCGCGAGGGCGGUUCCCGACGCCGCAAUCGAUGGACAAGCUGCACAGGCCUUUCAGAUGCCCGGGAUCUGCCACUCGGACUGUGGCUACCGACCGUCCGAGUCGAAAGCGGAGAAAGAUCGACUAUAAAGGCGCCGACGGGGAAGCCGAUGGCGAUGCCGAGAAGCCGUGGACCAAUACAGACAGACUCGCCUUGGCCAACCGAGACGUCAACAAAUUCCCAGUAUUCAAGCCCAGGGACAAGUCUCAGGUCUUCCGAAAGGCGUUCUCUGUGCCACUCAUCAACAAGGACACAUCUGCAUACAACCCGAACCGACCGCCCCCCACCUUGGGACUGAGACAGGGCGCCGUCUUCGUUGCGAAGCCUCUACAUGACCCGACCAGCGAAUUUGCAAUCGUCCUCUAUGACCCAACGGUUGACGACAAGCCGAGUGAGGAUGUGAAGCCAAAGGAGAAGAAGGACGAGAGCAAGCCAGAGUCGGACAUGAAGCUUGAUGCCCCGCUGGUCCACAAGAGCUUGGCCGAGAUCCUGGGCAUCAAGAAGAAGGUCGAGAAAGACCACCCCAGAGUCCCGGUCGUCAUCGAUCCCAGACUCACAAAGGUGCUUCGUCCACAUCAGAUUGAAGGUGUGAAGUUUAUGUACCGCUGCGUCACAGGCAUGAUUGAUGAGCGGGCCAAUGGCUGCAUUAUGGCCGACGAGAUGGGACUGGGAAAGACACUGCAAUGCAUUACCUUGCUGUGGACCCUGCUGAAGCAGUCGCCCGACGCAGGAAAGUCGACGAUCCAGAAGGCAAUUGUUGCCUGCCCAUCAAGCUUGGUCCGCAACUGGGCCAAUGAGCUCACCAAGUGGCUGGGUGCGGACGCUGUUACUCCUUUUGCCAUCGACGGCAAGGUGCCAAAAGAGGAAUUGACUCGCCAGUUACGGCAAUGGGCUAUCGCUAGUGGCCGCUCAGUCACUCGGCCAGUCAUCAUCGUCUCGUACGAAUCACUUCGCCUCAACGUCGAUGAGCUGAAAAACACGCCCAUCGGCCUCAUGCUCUGUGACGAAGGGCAUCGACUCAAGAAUGGAGACAGCCAGACUUUCAGUGCACUCAACAGCCUGAACGUCUCGAGGCGCGUUAUUCUGUCCGGAACGCCCAUUCAGAACGACCUGUCCGAGUACUUUGCGCUCAUUAGCUUCGCCAAUCCCGACCUCCUCGGAACCCGUUUGGAGUUUCGCAAACGUUAUGAGCUCCCCAUUCUACGUGGUAGAGAUGCGGAUGCCUCCGAAGCUGACCGGAAGCGUGGCGACGAAUGUCUCGCCAACCUUCUGGCUGUGGUCAACAAGUUCAUCAUCCGGAGAACCAAUGACAUCCUGUCCAAGUACUUGCCCGUGAAGUAUGAGCACGUUGUCUUCUGCAACCUCGCACCAUUCCAGCUCGACCUCUACAACUACUUCAUCACCUCUCCCGAUAUCCAGGCGCUGCUCCGGGGCAAGGGCUCGCAGCCCCUCAAGGCAAUCGGUAUCCUCAAGAAGCUCUGCAACCACCCGGACCUUCUUGACCUGGAGUCAGACCUCCCUGGCUCCGACGAGGUGUAUCCAGAGGGCUACGUUCCGCCAGACCAGCGGGGCCGCGACCGUGAACCCAAGCCCUGGUUCAGCGGCAAGAUGCAGGUUCUUGACCGUAUGCUAGCACGGAUUCGUGCCGAUACCAACGACAAGAUCGUCUUGAUCAGCAACUACACGUCGACGCUGGACCUCUUCGAGCGCCUCUGCCGCGCGCGCGGCUACGGCUCCUUGCGGCUGGAUGGCAGCAUGAACAUCAACAAGCGGGCGAAGCUGGUGGACAAAUUCAACGACCCUAACGGCGAGGAGUUUAUCUUCCUCCUCUCCAGCAAGGCCGGCGGAUGCGGCCUCAACCUCAUCGGGGCGAACCGGUUGGUGUUGUUCGACCCCGACUGGAACCCGGCGGCGGACCAGCAGGCGCUGGCGCGGGUGUGGCGCGACGGGCAGAAGAAGGACUGCUUCGUGUACCGGUUCAUCGCGACGGGGACGAUCGAGGAGAAGAUCUUCCAGCGCCAGAGCCACAAGCAGAGCCUGUCGUCGUGCGUCGUCGACUCGGCCGAAGACGUGGAGCGCCACUUCAGCCUCGACAGCCUGCGCGAGCUGUUCCAGUACCGCGGCGACACGCGCAGCGACACCCACGACACGUUCAAGUGCAGGCGCUGCAAGCCCGACGGGAAGCAGUUCAUAAAGGCGCCUGCCCUGCUCUACGGCGACACGAGCACCUGGAACCACUUUGCCAACGAGGGCCUUGCCGCCAUACAGGAUUUGCUGUUGCGGCAGGAGGGCGGCCAGCCAGAGGUCAGCGCCGUGUUUCAGUAUAUCUCGCAUUGAGAGGGGUGUACCUGCGGUGGGAGAGUUGCUGUGUAUGUCCGAGGAAGGGAAGAGAAGAAGGAAAGAAAGAAAGAAAUGCUCUACAUGUUUGCUCCACGAGCAGAUGUGUCACUUGCUUGUUUGUAAUGGAGUGAGGAAUUGAGCUUCGCACUAAACGGGAGUCGGGAGACGUGAGACGGGUGGUUACGGUGCAUAAUAUAGCAUGAGUUAUGUCUGUCCCUGGGUCUCAUGGGACGACGAUAGAUGGCUACGAAUUUAGCUAGAGGGGCGGGAAUAGAAGACGACGUAUAUCAUUUACGAG